CUCUUAGAAACUUUCAGAACGAACUAUAACGGAACUAUAUUCAUAUCAGUUUUCUUGCUUAUAGAUGUUUUUUUAAAUUAUCAUAUGGAUUUUUUUUUACUACUGAAGAUGUGAUGGAUCAUGUGAAUUAGCCUACCCUACAUAUGAGAAUGGAUUUUCUUUUUCUAAGUGGAGUACCAGAUCGAUGUUUUGGUUUUUUUUUGUUUUUUUGCACGCACUCAGUUUUUCUCGUCAUGUUUGCCUGUAUAUCGUUGAGUGUUUAUUGAGAAAUAUUUAGAAAAAUGAUCCACAGCUUAUCUUUCAUCUGCCUGUGUUUAUUGCUAUCAAAUGGUGUGUUUGGUGAUUCAGAUGAAGUGAAGUCAGUGUCAGUGACUGAAGGAGAUUCUGUCACUUUAAACACUGAUGUUAAAGUACAGCAAGAAGAUCAGAUAUUAUGGAUGUUUGGACCUCGAGAGACUCGUAUAGCUGAAAUACACAGACAGAACAUCUAUAUGUCUGACAGUAAUGAGAUAUUCAGAGACAGACUCCAGAUGGACAGUCAAACUGGAUCUCUGACCAUCAGAAACAUCAGAACUGAACACUCUGGACUUUAUAAACUAACAAUCAUCAGAAACAGAGGAACUUCAUACAAGAGAUUCAGUGUUACUGUGUAUGCUCAUCUUCCCAUACCUGUCAUUUUCAGAGACUCUUCAGACUGUUCUUCAUCAAGAUUAUCAAGCCAGAAUUGUACAUUGGUGUGUUCAGUGUUGAAUGGAGGUCAUGUGACUCUCUCCUGGUACAAAGGAAACAGUUUAUUGUCCAGCAUCAGUGUGUCUGAUCUCAGCAUCAGUCUCUCUCUACCUCUGGAGGUGAAAUAUCAGGAUAAAAACACCUACAGCUGUGUGCUGAACAAUCCCAUCAGACACCAGUUUCAGCAUCUGGACAACAUCACUCAACUCUGUCAGCCAUGUCCAGAACCAAAGCGUUCACAUCACAUGUUGCUUAUAGCUGUUACUGUAGUGCCACUGGUAAUCUUAACUCUAUUUGCAUGUGUGAUGUACUACCAGAAAAACUAUAAACAACCAGUUGAGACUUGUGAUGAAGAGAUUACGUAUUACGCUGAAACAACAUUCUCUACACAUCAGCUUCAGUGUAUGGCUGUCUAUGUAGAAGAUCGCACAGUGUACUCACCUGUUGUGAUAUGAAUUUAAGGUCCAACUGAUUGUGUUUUAUUGUUAUCCUUAAGAUCAAGGCAAGGAAUUCUGGCUACUCACCCAAACUGAUUUCUUGAUAUCAUUAAUGUUUUACUCUUAUUACAUUUAAUUUAGGAGUGUAAGAUAAACAGAACCUCAGAUAGUUUGAUCUCCUGGGAUAUGGACAGUACAAACACAUACACCUACAGUAUUUGUCUCCACACCCCACAGAGUGAAGUUGUGGGAAAACUUCAUCCUGUCCUUCCUUUCACUUUUGUUCCUUCUCCCCCACUUCCUUCCCUUUACACAUUCUUCCCUUCAUUCUGUUCAUUUAGAAAGAUAAUAUAAAAAUAAUAAUGUUUUGUCAAUGCAAGUGAAUUAACAGUAAUUUUUGAUAUAAUUUAAAAUGACUCAGUGCGACUAGUACAGUGGUCUCGUCUACAUGGAAGUAAACCAAACGGUAAUAAAGGUUUUAAGAGUUUAGAGAUACGUUAUCUAUCGUGGAUGUGCCCCUUUUCCAGGGUCCUUCAUCCAAACUACCUCCUGUUCCACAACAAGGUGCGAAUUCCCUAUAGGUCUGUGACCCUACACUCAAAUUCUGGAAUGAUAAACUUCUGUCUGAAAGCGAGACUCAGCAGAACUAUGUUUCCACCCACACACCUGUUGGAAAUGUAAACUAAAACUUUGUCUGGCUAAAUAUUCCUCUUUUUUCCACAGAUAUUUUUUGUUUGGCUUAGACCUUGUCAUGUUUUUUUUACAGUAAAACACUGUUGCCAGAAAUUUACUGCUGAUUGUACAGUAUGUUACUGUAACGAUACCAUGAGUUAAAUUAAAACUUGUUACCUCAUUUCAUUUGCA